AUGUGGCGAUUAUUCAGCCGCGCUUCAAACUCUCCCGAAAAGAACCCUCCACGAGGUCUCCCCGCAUCAUGGUACCGUUCUGAAGCUAUCUACCAGCUAGAGCGACGAGCCAUUUUCUCUAAGCGCUGGAUUCUCCUGACUCAUUUUAGCCGCUUCUCCAAAUCAGGAGACUACCUUUCCUUCACCGUCGCCAAUUUCUCAUUCUUCCUUAUCCGCGAUCGAGAUGGUAAUCUCAACGGUUUCCACAAUAUCUGCCGACAUCGCGCGUUCCCAGUCGUCCAAUCCCGCUCCGGAUCCACAUCCAUCCUCAGCUGCAAAUACCACGGCUGGUCAUACGGGCUCACAGGCAAUCUUGCAAAAGCUCCUCGCUUCGAAACGGUUCCUGACUUCGAUAAACCCCAGCAUGGUCUAUUACCAGUGCAUGUCCACGUCGACAAAGCCGGGUUCGUGUGGGUCAAUCUCGAAGCAGGUGAGCCUGAGGUGAACUGGGAGGACGAACAUGACAAGAUCGAUGAGAAGCCGAGAAUGACGGACUUUGAUUUUGCUGGGGAGUUCACAUUCGACCAUUACUGGGAAAUGGAUCUGGAUGCGAAUUGGAAGGGUGUGAUUGAGAACUAUAAUGAAUGUUAUCACUGUGCGACUUCUCAUCCGCUCAUUGCAGGCGUCUCGGAUUUACCAAAAUAUCGGGUCGAGCCUAAUCAGAGUGGGAGUUAUAUGGAGCAUCACAUCUUCAAUAAGGAGACGAGCGAUGCUCAGUUUCGGAGGGCUAUCACUUAUUUUUUACCGACUACUUCGAUUACGGUUACCGACAAGUUCUUUUACAUACAACGUAUGAUCCCAGUUUCGGCGACGAAGAGCAAAAUCGAGAAUGAAGUCUUUCGACACAAAGAUGCGACGGAUGAGGAGUUCGCGGCUAUCAAUGCCUUCUACAGACAGGUGUUGGAUGAGGAUAAGGAGCUCUGUGUCGGUGCGCAGGAGAAUCUUAAUGGUGGAGUAUUUGUGAAUGGCGAGCUGCAUCCGAGCAAGGAGAAGGGACCGCUUCACUUCCAAGAGCGAGUAAAACAAAUGCUCAUGAAUCACCGGAAGAAAGAAGAGCAGCAAGGUGGACAAGAGAUUUGGCCUGCACGUCCCAAGUUCUCGGAGACGAUGACGGAUAAGUUACAAGAGGAAGAGAACUUUUGCUCGCAGCUGGAAGCGGCAAGUUGUAUGAGCAAGCCUGAGCUUGCAUGGUGA